AAGUGCGGCGGUUGAACUUGCACACACUUCUUUACGGUGUUGAACAAGAACGCCGACAACAUUUUGUAACUUGUUAUUUUUGCACGUAUAUCUAUAUAUUAUGGUCUUGAGAGUAGCCGGUUCAAGUCUACGUCGACUUCCAACUACAACAGCAACAACACGGCUCAAACCGUUUACACGGAAUCGAGCUUUAUUCUCGACCACCGCUCGUACAUUAAAACAGCAAGAGCCUGAGUAUGGAACCAUUGACCCAAAACGUCUCCAAUACCCACGAUUUGCACUUGAUCGUGAACGCCAUGGCUCGUGGAGUACCGUUCAAGAUAUACGUCAAAAGACACAGUUGCUCGACAAUGGCCAGAAAGCAGACGACACCAUUGUGACAUUGACAGGACGGAUUCAUUCCAAACGUGAAUCCAGUGCGAAACUUGUUUUUUAUGAUGUAAUACAAAACGGCGAGCUUAUUCAAGUGGUUGCAUCCAAAGGACGGUAUGAGGGAGACUCGUUUGCAGAAGCCAACCAUGCCUUAUGUCGAGGCGAUAUCGCAUCAUUUACGGGUGUACCUGGAAAAACGAACCGUGGACAGGCAGGUGUGUUUGUGACCCGUGAAAUGCGCGUAUUGACGCCUUGUCUACAAGAUAUACCCCGAGCGGGUUUGAAGGAUCCGGAGAAACGGUUCCGACAGCGUCAUUUGGAUAUGCUUGUCAAUCCGCAUGUCACCAAAACUUUACGGAUCCGUGCCGAGAUCAUUAAAUAUAUCCGCCGAUUUUUGGAAGAUCGAGGCUUCUUGGAAGUGGAGACACCUGUGUUGGCAGAUAAAGCAGGCGGUGCAAAUGCAAGGCCGUUUAUGACUCGUGCACAUGCUCUGAGUAUGGACAUGCAACUUCGAAUCGCACCAGAAUUAUACCUCAAGCAACUGGUUAUUGGAGGCAUGGACCGUGUCUAUGAAGUUGGAAAGCAAUUUCGAAACGAAGGCAUUGAUGCCGACCACAACCCUGAGUUUACCACUUGCGAAUUCUAUCAAGCGUACGGGAACCUGGAUAGUCUUAUGAAUGAUACAGAAGAUAUGCUUCGAGGGCUAACGCAAGAGGUCAAUAAUAAGCAUGGUCUUCCAGACUCGGUGAACUUUGACAAAUCAUUCAAGCGCAUCCAUGUAUUGGAUCGACUGGAGUCUCUUUUACAGUUACCAGUUGCGGACCUUUUGAAAACGGAAGAUGCGACGGAUCAACUUGUAGCAGCGUGUCGACAACAUCGUGUUGCGCUAUCUGGGCCGCUAACCAUCCCACGUAUCCUCGACAAGCUCAUAUCCCAUUUUAUUGAACCUGAAUGCACCCAACCUACGUUUUUGUAUAGCCAUCCUGUUGCAUUGAGCCCACUUGCCAAGGGGUAUACUGACGAUAAGGGUCGAGCAGUAGCUGCACGUUUCGAACUUUUCGUCGGUGGCAAGGAAAUUGUAAAUGCCUAUGAAGAAUUAAACGAUCCAAACGAGCAGCGUAUUCGAUUCGAACAACAAAUGCAAGAACGACAACAAGGAGAUAUUGAAGCACCUCUCCCUGAUACGGCAUUCUGUGAUGCUUUAGAAUAUGGCUUACCACCUACUGCAGGUUGGGGUAUGGGUAUCGAUCGCGUGGUACAGAUUCUUACAGGAUCAUCACAUAUUCGGGAAGUGCUGGCAUUUCCCGUAAUGCGUCCAGUGACUUUUACUGAGAAUAUAAAGUAAUAUAUGCUUUAUAGAAAUAAACAAAUUCCAUGCUACCUCUUUUUCUUUAGUCAGAAAACUAACUCUUUGAUACUAAUU